AUGGAGAAGAACGACGACAAGGACCCUGAUCAUAACGACAAAUCCAUUAUAGAAGAGAAAGCCGACGUCGUUUCAGAUGCUCAUCCCCCUGAUGAGUCUGAUGGUAUCAGUAAAGAGAAUGUAGACGUUGGCAAUGCAGAGACAGAACACGAUCCAGAAGACAAUGUCGAGUCACAAGGAGAAGAGACUCAUCAACAAACACUCGAGUCAUUGUCUGAAGAACUCGACCAGCUUCUCUCCAGUCUCUCCCUUCACAAGGAGGAGCACAAAGACGACAACACCGAGGAGAAAGAGAAAGGAGAUCAAGAAGAUGAUGAUUACUUUCAGAUCCCACAGUUUGUUGGCAAGUUCUUGGAUCUUCUCGAGGACAAACUCUCCAAAUACGACUCUGGGGAGCCAAAGACAGUAUGGUACCAAGAUCAAGAAGAAGUGUCUUCCCUUCUCGAAGCAGUGGAUCGUGUCUCGAAUCUCAUGAGACUUUUGCUCAACACCAAAUCAUGUUUGGACCAUCACGAGCCCUUGAUCAACCACGCCGGAUCCAUCCAGCAGCGUGCGAUGGCCUUCUUGGAAGACGAGUUCCGCAUCCUUCUAGAAGAGUCCGUGAUCAAAGAGACCGCAUUGGUCACUGACGACGCCGGCAGCCAGAGGAAGAGCACGGAGGACGCGGUGGUCUCUCAAGAUCAAGACCAGGUGACUGCUCCAGAACCUGGCGAUCAGGAGAUUGAGUACCCUGGCUACUCGGAGGACGUGGUUGUCUUGCUGAGGAAAAUAGCGGAGAAGAUGAAAGCGGCAGGGUACGGUUGGGAAUGCAGAGAGGUUUACUUGGUCGGGAGGAGGAACAUCUUGAUGCGGACCUUGAAACAGGACUGCGAGUUCGAGAAAGUAAGCAUCGACGAGGUGCAGAAGAUGAGCUGGGGUGAGCUGGAGAGAGAGAUCCCUAUCUGGACCAAGACUUUCAAGAACUGCUCUUCCCUCUUCUUCCCUGGGGAGCUCAAACUCGCGGCGAAGAUCUUCCCGGGGGACGAAGGGAGCUUGUUCUGCAUCGUGGCGCACGGUCUCACCAUCCAGUUCUUGGGGUUCGCAGAGGCCGUGGCCAUGACCAAGCGCUCCACUGAGAAACUCUUCAAGAUUCUUGAUAUUUAUGAGACUCUUAGGGACAGUUUCCCACCCAUGGAGGAGCUCUUCCCACAAGAGCUCCGCAGCGAGCUGAGGAACGAGGUGACCAGCGCUCGCUCCCGCUUAGGAGAGAGCGCUAUCAACAUAUUCUCGGAUUUGGAAAACUCUAUCAAAUCGGAUUCUAGCAAGACUCCAGUGCCGGGAGGAGCCGUGCAUCCGUUAACUAGGUACACCAUGAACUACCUCAAGUACUCAUGCGAAUACAAAGACACGUUGGAGCAAGUGUUCAAGAGCCACUCGAAGAUGGAGCAAGAGGAAGAGGUGCCUGCGAAUAACUCGGCCUGCUCGGCCUUUGCGAGUCAGCUGAUGAGGAUAAUGGACCUACUAGACGGGAACAUGGAGGCGAAGUCGAAGCUCUACAAGGACAUACCGCUUAGCUGCAUCUUCAUGAUGAACAACGGGAGGUACAUAGUGCAGAAGAUCAAAGGCUCGGCGGAGAUACACGAGGUGAUGGGAGACACGUGGUGCAGGAGGAGGUCGUCGGAGCUGAGGAACUACCACAAAAGCUACCAGAGAGAGACCUGGGGGAAGCUGCUUGGGUUCUUAGGACACGAGGGGCUGAUGCACAACGGGAAGAUAGUGAAGCCUAAUCUCAAGGAGAGGUUCAAGAGCUUUAAUGCGACUUUUGAUGAGAUACAUAAGACGCAGACUACGUGGGUGAUUAAUGAUGAGCAGCUGCAGAGCGAGCUGAGGGUUUCUAUAACCGCGGUUAUGAUACCUGCUUACAGGGCUUUUAUGGCUAGGUUUGGACAAUACUUGGAUCCUGGUCGCCAGACUGAGAAGUAUGUCAAGUACCAGCCUGAGGAUAUUGAGGAUCUCAUUGACGAGCUCUUCGAGGGCAACACUUCAUCCUCUUCAACUGCUACCGCCAAGCGAAGAACAUAGAUCCUUUCUUUCUUUCUUUUUUUGUUUUGCAGCAACACUUUUUUCUUAAUUUCCUUACAUUUUCAUGUCUUCUUCUGCUGGUUUUGCCUGAAUGCUACAACUUGGAUGACCGUAUGUUUCUACAAAUUCAAACAAACGAUCGUGGCUCUGUGCCAUGUGUAAAUGUUAAAUCAUAAUCAGUUCCAUCAUUCAUGAAUAAAAAAAUUGAUUGAUCUUUA